AUUACAUUCCGAAUAGAUGGAGCCACUGUGUUAUCAAACUUACCAAUUUAUACAAAACACUAGUUUUCCGUUUGACAGAAAUCAGCUGAGAAAAAUCAGUCUCAUGCCUUGGAGUACUUCAAAAUCUUAUUAACAAUAGGACACCAAAUAACGAUUGAAAAAUGUGUCCGACACUGUUGGAGAAUGAAGACCGAUGUCUUGGUGGAAUGACUUUCUUUGCUCAGAGUCAUCCGAUAGAAUUAUGUGGCAGUAACGGUCUUCCCCUGACUCCCAAUUCUAUCACUAUCUAUGGAAGGUCUCAGUUUCUAAAGACAAUUAAUCAUCCUAAUUUGUCUACCUACUUAGACAUUAUUAGAAGUAAACAUGAAAGAACAAUUGUGGUUGCUGAAUACAGUGGAGAAUCUUUAACCAAUAAAAAGAAUUUAUCUUUGGACAGCAUUGUCAAGAUAGCAUAUCAAAGUCUCCUCGCAUUACAGCAUAUGAAUGAUGUGGGUCUGGUUCACAGACAUCUGAGUCCAGACAAUAUAUUAAUCACUAAAGAGGGUAACGUGCAACUGUACAAUUAUGGAUUAUAUUAUAUGACAAAUGGAGGGAAAAACGUGUCUUUUCCUAUUGGCUAUCCAAAGUACACAGCACCUGAGGUCUUUUUGGGCACUAAAGUUAGCGGUAUUAAAGUGGACUCUUGGUCCCUUGGAAUAAUAAUCGCAGAAUGUCUUUUAAAUCAACCAAUAUGGCCAGGCGUUAAAUUAGCCCAGUGCCUGCGAAAAGUACUCAGUCUCUUGCAUUCGGAAACAAUGAUUUUCGAACGUUUAGCAAGAGAGAACAAUUGCUAUGAUACUUAUCAGGCUGUUCCCCAAGAACUACGUGAUCUUGUAGACUCCUGCCUUCAAAUAUAUCCAUCGAAACGUAAAACCCCAGCAGAACUUUUACAGCUACCACCGUUCGCUGAGCUCUUAAAGAAAGAUGCGAAGGAACGAGAAGAAAAUCUCUAUAAAAAUGUCAUCGUUAGAAAGAUGGAUGAACUGUAUUAUCUGUGGCAAUUAGCUGGUGGAGAUAUCACAAUGGAAUUAAAGAAACAAGGGAUGGUCAGAUCAAGACCACCCAUUCUAUCAAUACCGAAUUUAAUUAUAUUAAUUGGGCAAAUGUUUGGGCGCCGAGACACAGCAGGUCUGCUCGAUCUUCGCGUGGUGAAGGUUCCUCUGGAUACUCUUCGACAGCGCUUAUCCCACAUUCCUUACACCGCUAAUUAUCCACGUUUAACUAGCCAAAUGCACGUUCAAGCUCAGGAUGAUCUGACGGAUGCUGCUUCGCAGUUGCCGUUAAUUAUAAGAGAACGAGAUACGGAAUAUCAAUUUUACAGAAUUGUUCUGUACGACCGAUUGCUGCAGAUUUACCCAAUUACCAGAGAAGCUAUUAUAAGAGAAGCACAUAAAGAUAUACCACCUCCAGUUAGAGGAGCCGUUUGGGCUGCUUUGCUUGGAAUUAAAGGAGAUAUUCAGAAGCGUUAUGACAUGAUAGAUAAGGAAACUCCAACUCACACGGAUCGACAGAUUGAAGUAGACAUUCCAAGAUGUCAUCAAUACAGUGAACUAUUGUCCUCCGGAGCAGGUCAUGAGAGAUUACAGAGAUUAUUAAAAGCGUGGGUUAGAGAUAAUCCAUAUUAUGUUUACUGGCAAGGACUCGAUUCAUUAACAGCCCCAUUUUUAUACCUCAAUUUUAAUGACGAAGCUCGUGCAUUUGCCUGCCUCUCAGCAUUCAUACCCAAGUAUCUUCACAAGUUCUUUCUGAAGGACAACUCGGCAGUGAUUCAAGAGUAUCUUAGCAAGUUCUCACAGAUCAUUGCAUUUCAUGAUCCUCAGUUAGCGAAUCACCUUAAAUCAAUAUCAUUCGUGCCUGAGUUAUUUGCUAUACCCUGGUUCCUCACCAUGUUCUCACAUGUCUUUCCUCUUCACAAGAUACUACAUUUAUGGGAUAAAUUGCUAUUGGGAGAUUCUUCGUUUCCGCUAUUAGUGGGAUUAGCCAUUCUAAAACAAUUGCGAGAUUCUUUACUGACAUCUGACUUCAACGAAUGCAUCCUAUUGUUCUCUGAUUUGCCAGAGGUCGAUAUAGAGUUGUGCGUAAAAGACUCUAUGGCAAUGUAUCAAAAAACACCUGGCAGCAUCACGUACAGGAGGCAUCAAUUUGACCAAUCAAAAGCAAUGCACUGGACCGAACCAGAACCAGGUACAGAAAGGAUGCCUCGUAUAAGCAUAGAUGAUCUUUUGAACCUUUUAGAAAAUACUCCGGACCAAGUGAUAAUCGUCGAUAUACGCAACAAUAUACAAUUCGAAAGGGGUGCAGUGAGAGGAAGUAUAAAUAUUCCAUUCACAAGUGUUCAACUCUCUCAAACAGAUAUCAAUACUCUUGGGCCACACGCUCAGCCACUUGCUGACAAUAAAGACAGUAUCGUUGUCAUUAUUGGACCACACGAUCAGAACAAUGCAUUGUUUGCAGAUUUUCUAGUUAGCUGCGGCGUCAUGGGCGUGUGUUCCCUUCAAGGUGGAAUUUAUGCUCUACGAUCAAAAGCAGCACGUAUCUUAGUUCCUACACGUUAACUGAGAUUUUAUGAAGAAUAUUAUUUUUAUUUUUCUAAGCUAAAAUCACUCUUCUAUUAUACAAUUACGGGAUAUUUAUGACUCAUACUUCUUUGAAAAUACAAGGAAACAUAUAUCUAA